AGCCAUGCAGAGGGCCACAAGUUUGUGUUUUGCAAUCCUUGCUGUUAAGAUGUGUAUGGGCAAGAGAUUCAACAGAACACCGGAAACUCCAGAGGAGAUGAAACUAAAAAGUAUCUGGGUGGAGGGAACGGAUAAAAUUUCUGAAACCACGGCCCUCCCAGAAAGUUUUGAUCGGACCAAGGACACUGCUGUCAUAAUUCAUGGCUAUUUAGUGGAUACUACAUUACCAGGCAUACAAGAUCUAGCUCUCGGUCUGAGAAAGAGAAACUACAAUGUCUUGAUGGUAGAUUGGGCGACAGGUACAACUGAAGAUUAUGAUCAAGCCGCUUCUAACGUACAAACAGUCGGGGCUUAUGUGUACCAAGUUCUAAAACAGAACUCCAUUCCUCUGGACAAAGUGUAUAUCAUUGGACAAGGUCUGGGGGCACAUGCCGCAGCAGAGGUCGGAAAAUUAUCCAAUGGGAAAAUUGCGCGAAUUACCGGUCUUGAUCCAUCCAGUCCUUUGUUUGAAAAAUCACAGUUCGGAAUUACCAAAGAAUCGGCUCAGUUUGUGGAUAUUAUUCACACGGAUGCAAGACAAUAUGGUUACGGAAUGAAAAAAGCCUGUGGUCAUUUGGACAUCUACGUAAAUGGAGGAAGACGUCAACCUGGGUGCAUCUAUAACCCAACAAAACCUGUCAGCAUCCCAGAUCUAAAAGAGGCGACUUCCAGCAAAGCUUGUGGCCACUUGAAGGCCAUUGGAUACUACGUGGAGUCUAUUUCUGACCAAUGUAAGCUGAGAGCCUGUGAGUGUACAUUCCAGAAAUUCCUUCAAUCGAAUUGUAGCUGGACUAAGUGUGUUUCCUGGGGUUAUAACGCCACAAAGAAUGUCACGGGACAGUUUUACGGGGUGACCGCUACCUCUUUCCCGUACUGUAGAGCUAACAGAGCUUAA